GCUGUUGGGAAAUAGAGUUCCAAGAGGGAUCAAUUCCAUAGCCUACCUUUUACCUACAGCACAUUCAUUAACCGUCACUUCAGAUUAAUGUAUACAAAGUCGGUCUCUUUAUGCACGUUAAAGUGUAAACCCUCCCAGCGACCCAAUAAAUAACAUUAUAGACAUAUGUACGUUACGUUGUUAGCUAGAUAAUAGGCCCGAACGCCAGCCUCGAGUUUUUUUUUUUGUGUGUGUGUGCAAUGUUAGUCUACGCAUCGGGAAGAUGAGAAAGGAUUUAUAAUGCCCUGACUGAAGCAGCAUUUUAACACCAUGUUACUGGACAUAAUGCAGAUUAACGAGGGAGGAGGAUUCGUCAUAAUCCAAGAUACGGUGGAUUGCAAUGGACGACAGCUUCUCAAGGGCUUUGUUAACGCUGCGUUAAAACGGGAAGAAGUCGUCCAUGUGCUGGGGUUCGAGGUUAGUGAGAGCGAGUUUCGCGCUGGAUUGGGCAGCAGAUGCACACAAAGGCUUUGCUUUCAUGAUGGUUACACUGACCCCUUGGGCUGGACUGAAUGUCCACCAUUCACAGUGCAACAAUUCAUCCCUCAGGAGAUCAACACAUGCCUCAGACAGUCUGAAGAGCUGAAGGGAGUGAUCCUUGUCAUUGAUUCCCUAUCUUGGAUUUUGAGACAUCAUUCCCCUGCUGUUGUUUGCCAACGUCUGAUGGAGCUUAGGAGAGGGGGAGCGUUGAGAAGUAUCCUGGCACUACUGCACUCUGACGUGCACCAGCAAGGCAUUGUCAAUAGCUUGUGCCAACUAGCUACUGCUGUUAUUUUGGUGACACCUGGGAUGAGUGGACAGCAUACCGUUGCCAAAACAACACGGCGCACAAAAUCAGGCAGAGUUACCCGAGAGGAGGAGUGCUUUAGUGUCUUGGAGGACCUUACAGUCACUAUAGAAGCCCAGUCCAGUCGUUCUGGUAACACUCAGGCUGAGCCUGAGCAAUAUGAGACAGAUCCUGCUGCAAACCUGACCUUUAACCUGCGUUUGUCAGAAGUUGAGAGGGAGGCUAAAGAGAAACUGUCUCUACCUUUUGUCUUCAGUCAAGAGAAGAAGUCGGCGCUUCUUAAACCUCGACCUGGGGCGGGGCGGAUCCUCUAUGAGCCUGACGCAAAUGAUGAUUUUGACCAGGAGGACCCUGAUGAUGAUCUGGAUGUUUAAGGCAGAGUACUAAUUUGGGGUGAACACUUUCUUUCCACACAGGGUUUACAGAUUGUGAUCAGCUUAAAAUGAGUGGAAUCUCUAAAGGCAUUUUGCCAGAUCACCAAUUUGUGGUAUUAUGAAACCCACACUGCAGAAAUAUUUAUUUUUUACUAAUGUGACAGUGUAUCUGUUCAUUUAAUUUCUAUCCAUAUGAUGCCAAUGCAUUUUCUAUGUUAUCUUAAAAUGCACAUUGCAGAUGUAGUUCAUUUGAAAUUGUUUUUAAUGUUUUUUUGUUUUUGUUUUUUUUAAUACACAAGAAAGAAAACGCAACAAAAUAAAUAUGGAUAUGCAUGGAUAUGUACGGGCAUGGAACUGUAAUAAAAUACCUUUUUCACCAGAA